CGGCCUCCGUCCCUUUCUCUUUCUCUAUCGGUUGCUCUGCACUUGGCCCUGUCAGAGGAGCUUGCAGUCCUGAGGUUCACGUCGCUGGAGAGCUGAAGAGGGGGCCGCCACUGCACCAGUUUGCAGCUCAAAUAGUUUUUUUUUUUGUGUGUGUGAAGAAGUCUUUUAGCCAGCCAUGUUGAGGCUGAUCUUUUUGGCCGCUCUCGCCGCCUUCGCUCGGGCCAGUGAUGUACUCGAAUACACGGAUGACGAUUUCGAAAGCAAGAUUGGAGAUCACGAUCUCAUUCUUGUGGAAUUUUUUGCCCCUUGGUGUGGCCAUUGUAAACGGCUAGCACCUGAGUACGAGGCAGCGGCCACGCGUCUCAAAGGCAUCGUCUCUCUGGCCAAGGUCGACUGCACAGCCAACAGCAACGUGUGCAGCAAGUACGGCGUCAGCGGCUACCCCACCCUCAAGAUCUUUAGGGAUGGAGAGGAAACUGGUCCCUAUGACGGGCCCAGAACAGCAGAUGGGAUUGUCAGCUUCCUGAAGAAGCAGGCUGGCCCAGCUUCUGUGGAACUCAAGGCCGAAGCAGACUUUGAGAAGUUUCUCGCAGAUCAUGAUGCAAGUGUUAUUGGGUUCUUUGCUGACGACAAGAGCACAGAACAGGCAGAGUUCCUGAAGGCUGCCAGUGCCUUGAGGGACAACUACCGCUUUGCCCACACCAACUCUGAGGCCCUCCUUAAGAAACAAGGCGUCGAUGAAGAGGCAGUCAUCCUGUUCCGCCCACCACGACUCAACAACAAGUUUGAAGACAGCUCUGUCAAAUUCAGUGAAGACAAAUUCACCAGCAACAAAGUCAAGAGGUUCAUCCAGGAUAACAUCUUUGGAAUCUGUCCCCACAUGACGGACGACAACAAAGACCAGCUGAAGGGGAAAGACCUGCUUGUGGCUUACUAUGAUGUAGAUUAUGACAAAAACCCCAAAGGCUCCAACUACUGGAGGAACAGGGUGAUGAAGGUGGCUAAGGGAUUCCUGGAUCAGGGCAAGAAGCUGAACUUCGCUGUAGCCAACAAGAACAUGUUCAGCCACGAGGUGUCUGAGUUUGGGUUUGACGGCAGCUCGGGAGAGUUGCCUCUGGUGGCCAUCCGCACCUCCAAGGGAGACAAAUACGUCAUGAGUGAGGAGUUCUCUCGUGAUGGUAAGACCCUGGAGCGUUUCCUGCAGGACUACUUUGACGGCAAGCUGAAGCGCUACCUCAAGUCAGAGCCCAUCCCAGAGAACAACGACGGUCCCGUCAAGGUCUUGGUGGCUGAGAACUUUGACUCCAUCGUCAACGAUGACAGCAAAGACGUCCUGAUCGAGUUCUACGCCCCAUGGUGCGGUCACUGCAAGAACCUGGAGCCCAAAUACACAGAGCUGGGGGAAAAGCUGGCCGACGAUCCCAACGUUGUUAUUGCCAAGAUGGAUGCCACAGCAAACGAUGUGCCAUCUCCAUAUGAAGUCAGCGGUUUCCCCACAAUCUACUUUUCUCCAGCUGGCCGCAAGACGAGCCCAAAGAAAUACGAGGGAGGCCGCGAGGUGAGCGACUUCAUCUCCUACCUGAAGAGGGAGGCCUCCAACCCCUUGGUGGUGCAGGAGGAGUCCAAGAAGAAGAAGAAGAAGAAGGACGGCAAAAUAGAGCUAUAAAAGCUCCAGACAGGAACUCAACACCCGCCCUCCCCCCCAUCAUGACAAGAAGAGGAGGAUUGGGGAAGAGAAAGAACUAAAUUAUAUUCCACUCUCUUAGUGAACUACAGAAUGCUCUGAAGCCGAAGUCGAAAAGACGCGGCCCUUCCUUUAGGUCCUCCGCUGCUCUGGGAAUCCGGUGGAAGGUGGAGAGGUGGUGGCCAGGGUCUGCCCGAUGUCUAAAAACAAAAACAAAUUUUUAGGGAAGAGGGGACAGCUUUUGAAAUAGAUUUCUUUUUCCCCGGGGUCUGUCUACUACACCUCAGGCUGAUGCACUUUGGUUUGAUACCAGUCUCCAGUCAUCUGUCGCUAUGGUUUUUGUUGUUGUCGUCAUUACGGGGGAUAAUGGUAAUGGUGAAUUUUUUUUUUUUUUUUGUAACACGUCUUUGUUUUUGUACAUUUGGAAGGAUUGUGAAAUAAAAAGGCCCACAAAACCAAAAUGAA